AUGUUUGCGGCCCGUAGACAGACGGCAUACUCAUUCACUAGGCUUUUACGCUACUCAAGAUCUCUUCACUCCGACAUCGCAUUUGCGUUCGACAUUGAUGGAGUUCUCUUGAGAAGUAAAGAACCAAUUCCAGGAGCUUCAGAGGCUCUGAAAUUGUGCCAAGAACACAAGAUCCCGUUUAUCUUGCUGACCAAUGGCGGCGGAACUUUGGAAAACCAACGCACAGCUUUUAUGUCUGAUGCAUUAAGAUUGUCUCUAUCACCAUCCCAGAUAAUUCAAAGCCAUACACCAUUCAAGACCUUGGUCUCGAAGUUCAAAAAGGUUUUGGCAGUUGGGUCUCCAACUGUUAGAGAUGUUGCCGAGACGUAUGGUUUUGAAAAGGUGGUACAUCCUAUGGAUAUUGUUAGAUAUGAGCCAAGUAUCGCACCUUUCUCUGGUACCACGAAAGACAAACUAAUGGAAAUUUCUAGGGAGAUUCCGGGUCUCGACAAGGAUCCAUUCGAGGCUAUCCUAGUUUUCAAUGAUCCUCGCGACUGGGGUGCUGACAUUCAAAUUAUAUUAGAUAUUUUGAAUAGCGAUUCCGGGAUGCUAAACACGAUGCGUCAACCCAACGAGUCGGAUCUCGAGAAGCCCUCAGUCCCGAUUUACUUUUCCAACAAUGACUUGGUUUGGGCCAACCAGUACACGUUGAAUCGGAUAGGCCAAGGAGCUUUUCGCACCGUUAUCGAGACCCUAUAUUCGGAACUAAAUUCUGGAGCUAGAUUGCAGAAUACAAUUAUCGGCAAGCCUACAAAAGUCACCUAUGAUUUUGCGCAUCAUAUCUUAAUAAACUGGAGAGAAAAGCUGAUCAAGGACACGAAAGAAGAUAUUCCUUUACCAAGCCUCGGGGUCGCCCCAGAAACUUCUCCAUUUCGGAAAGUAUUUAUGGUUGGGGACAACCCUGCAAGUGACAUUAUCGGCGCUCACAAUUACGGCUGGUCCACAUGUUUGGUUCGCACUGGGGUCUAUCGAGACGGCGAUCCUUUGCCAUGCAAACCUACAAUGAUUUGCGAUGAUGCUCUAAGCGCAGUGCGCCGUGCUAUAGAGACCUGUGACUAA